AUGGCGAAAACAAAACUGCCGACGAUGAAGCGUAAGCUGAAGCGGAUUGCCGUGUUUCUGAUUCUCUUCAUUGCGGUCACGAAUUUUCUGUACCUCAGCUUUGUCCCCGCUGACGAUGAUGGUGCACCGGCACCCAACAACCUCCGCCACCCGCGAGCCUCCGCAGUGGACGACGCAGCGCUUGCUUACAUCCCACGCCGUGUUGUGGAUACGUGGAGCCGGCGGGAGUAUCUGGUUGUGCUGGGCAUCCCCUCCACCGACGACGAGGCGAGGCGAACACGACGCAACCUGCAGCGGUCGACGUGCUGGCGGUUCCCCGGAGUGGCGACGAGGGCGAACGACUUCACCGGUGCGAUGCUUGUGCUGUACGUCCUUGGGCGGCACCCGUCGCACGGCUACGACUACUCUGCCGCGCUGCUGGAGGAGGCGUCGCAGUGGAACGACGUGGUUGCGCUGCCAAUGAACGAGGGCCGUGUGACGACUAACAAAACAAUUGGUUCCUAUGGUUCUUGGGGCGACGAGGCAAAUGUCGGUUUCAGUCGCAAGACGUACAUGUGGCUUGACCUUGCGCACCGCCUGUUCCUGACUGCGAGGUACAUUGCGAAGGGCGAUGACGACAUGUUCCUCCGUGUGCCGCUGUUUGUUGCUCACCUGCGCCUACUGCCGCGCCGAGGGAUCUACAUGGGAUACCACAUGCUUCCUCCCUCUGGUCCGGAAAGAUAUAUAAGAGGUUACACGUUUAUGGUUGGCUGGUGCUACACCCUGUCGAGGGAUGUGGCGGAGGCGUUGGUGUCGUACAAGCCGCUGCGCCGCCUGGCCUACCUGCCGUACAGCAAGGAACGCGACCACGAGUUCGCACCCCUUCUUUUUUAUGAAGAAGACGUCAUGGUCGGUUGGGUUCUUGGGAGUGUAUUAAAGUACAAGCCAAUGGUAUACGUCGAGAUGCAGGAUUGUCAUUUCCAUGACGCUCGCAAUGGCACGGGGCACUCGCAGGUGGUGCCGACCUCGAUUUGUGUCCAUCACGUGCGGGAGGACGACUACGCUGCACUGAUGGCGCGCUUCGGCAACGACACAUCGCUUGUCGCCCGUGUGGAAUGGGUCUCCGAGGACACGAUUUCUUCUCAGUGCGAUUGA